AUGUCGACGACUUCCCCGCAACAAGCUGUGGAUUUCUCGAAACUCGUGUUCAAUCCACUUACUAUAACAUAUGAGCCCGUCGAUAAGAAACAAGUUGUCAUUGUGGAUGUGACGAACAACAACGUAUCCCACGUUGCGCUCCAUUGGAAGACUAAUGUGCCGAGAAGCUUCAGAAGCAGUCCGGCGAGGGCGAAACUUGCACCGGGCGAACGGAUGGCCUUCAAGUGUUACUUCUUCGGAAUGAACAAGGAGCAAUAUGGCAAUAAUGCUAAGUAAAAAAAGAAAAAAAAAGUGCCAUAUCCUCUUCACAAAUGACAAUUUCAGAAUGACUGUAAUCUGUGUGGCUAUUCUCGCGAGUGUUCCUUUGGAAAGAGCGUUUGAGGCUCGUGGCUUGGGAAAGUUGAAACAUACCAAGAUGAGGAUCCCAAUUAUGUUCCGACAAAUCAAGACUCCGGACGAUGAGACGAUGAACAACAAUCAGAAGUCGUCGGACGAGAAAGACGAAAAAGAGGAGGGAAAGGGAAAGGCAGGCGGCGAGUGGAUUUGA